AUGAUGGAAUUAAUUAAUACGCAUAGUGUAAGAAUAAGUGAAGUACUUGCAGAAUAUACUGAUGCAUGUGUAAGAAGUAGUGAUCAUAUACUACUAAUAUUAUUAUAUGAGAAAUUAAGAGGAGAUAGUACACAGUGUGUAAAUAUUAAUGGUGUAGAUAGAGUAAUUAAUCAACUAUGUGUAAUAAGUAAUAUUACUGUGUGUGAUAUACGGUUAAGUAUGGCUGUGUAUGAGGAUGUGAUUAAGUCGUUAAUUUAUUCGCAUAAGUAUAAUAUUUGCACUAGGAUGAAGGAUAAGUACAGGGAUAUACGGAGUGGGGUUGAAGCGUAUGGAUCGUACUAUUCAGUCAGUCAUAAAUAUUCAGAGGUGUAUGGACAGUAUGUAUACGAUAGUAUUAUAAGUGUAAAGCAGCCUAUAAUUAAUAUUAUAACGAGAAUACCUGAGAAUAUGUAUGAUGAGAUAAUUAAUUAA